AUGGGGCCGCGCCGCUGGCCGCUGCUCUGGGGCUGGCGCGCCGUGCUGGUGCAGGUGGCCGUGCUCACGGCGGGGCAGCGCCCGCAGCAGAGAGCCCCGGGAUGGUCCCCGGCCCCCUCACCCCCAUGGGCGCCCACCGCGGAGCCGGCAGCGCCGGCGGACGGCGAGGGCUCGGCGGCGGCGCUGGCGUUCCUGCGCACGGGCGAUGCCGAGCGCCUGGCCCGGGCCAACUGCAGCGGCGGUGUCGCGGCGGGGGCCGCCGGGCCCGGGCCCCCCCCGGCGCUGCGGGCAGCCCUGCGAGCCGCCCCCGAGGCGCUGGCCCACGCCGCCAACUUCCUCAACAUGCUCUUCCAGACCAACGACAUCCGCGAGGCCAGCGUGGCCGAGGACGUGGAGUGGUACCAGGCGCUGGUGCGCAGCCUGGCCGAGGGCCACCCGUGGGUGCGCAGGGCGGUGCUGGCCCUGGACGCCCACCCGCUGGCCCCCAAGCCGCGGCUGAUGCUGCAGGCCACCAAGGGGGACGGGCAGAUCCUGCUGCAGGACGUGUCCGGCGCCGCUCCCAGCCUGGGCAACCUCAGCUGGGACAACGAGUGGUUCAACGCGCUCAAGUCGCAGCGGGUGCCGGCGCUCCGCAAGCGGGUGCUCAGCAAUGACCUGCGCAGCCUGGAGACCCCCAAGUGGCAGCGGGGCGACAGCUACGUGGGGGACGCGGGCCACGUGCGCUGGUCCCCGCCGUUCCUGGAGUGCCGCGAGGGCCGCUUCCUGCCCGCCUGGGCCGUCACGCUCUCCUCCGCCUUCUACGGCCUCAAGCCCGACCUCAGCCCCGAGUUCAAGGGGGUCGUGCGGGUGGACGUGGAGCUGCGGGACGUGGUCAUCGACCAGUGCUCCAGCGGGCCGGGCUGGUUCUCGGACACGCAUCGCUGUGACCUCAACAGCACCCAGUGUGUCCCCCAGGAGAGCCGCGGCUUCGUUCUCGGGAGGUACCUGUGCAGGUGCAAGCCGGGUUUCUACGGGACUGAUGGAGUGGCCAGCGGUGCCCGGGCAGGCAUGGCAGGCACAGACGGGGGGUCCCGGCUGGGGUGCUGGCCGUGCCGCCCGGGCUGUGCCACCUGCGAGGACGACACGCCCUGCCUGAUCCAGGAGGACCAGGUGCUGCGGGCAGCGGUGCUGUCGUGCCAGGCCUGCUGCAUGCUGGCCAUCUUCCUCAGCAUGCUCGUGUCCUACCACUUCCGACGGAGCAAGAGAAUCCGCACAUCGGGAAUCAUCCUGCUGGAAACCAUCCUCUUCGGCUCCCUCCUCCUCUACUUCCCUGUGUUCAUCCUGUACUUCAAGCCGAGCAUCUUCCGCUGCAUCGUCCUGCGCUGGGUGCGGAUGCUCGGCUUCGCCAUCGUCUACGGCACCAUCACCCUCAAGCUCUACAGGGUGCUGAAGGUGUUCCUGUCACGCUCGGCCCAGCGCGCUCCCUACGUGUCGAGCGGGCGGGUGCUGCGCAUGCUGGCGCCCAUCCUGCUGCUGGUGCUGUGGUUCCUGGCGGCCUGGACCAUCGGCAUGCUGGAGAACGCCCGCAAGAACAUCCCGCUGGUCAUCCGCGCCCAGACCAGCCGCGGCCUGCACUUCUCCAUCUGCGGCCACGACUGCUGGGACUACAUGAUGGUCAUCGCCGAGAUGCUGUUCCUGCUGUGGGGCAGCUUCCUGUGCUACGCCACGCGCGCCGUGCCCUCGGCCUUCCACGAGCCCCGCUACAUGGGCAUCGCCCUGCACAACGAGCUCAUGGUCUCUGCCACCUUCCACGUGGUCAGGUUCCUGAUUGUCCCCUCGCUGCACCCGGACUGGACUCUGCUGCUCUUCUUCGCUCACACCCACGGCACCAUCACCAUGACCCUGGCCCUGCUCUUCAUCCCCAAGUUCCUGCACACGGGCUCGCCGCUGCGGGAGGAGAUCACGGCCGAGGUGUACGAGGACGAGCUGGACAUGAGGCGCUCGGGCUCCUGCAUGAACAGCAGCAUCGCGUCCGCCUGGAGCGAGCACAGUCUCGACCCCGAUGACAUUCGGGAGGAGCUGAAGAAGCUUUACCGACAGCUAGAGGUGCACAAGACGUGGCGGAUGGCGAGCAACAACCCGCACCUGGCCAAGAAGCGCAGCUCCCGCCGCAGCCUCGCCCGCUCCAUCCUGCGCCGCAGCGGCGCCGAGCUGGCCGAGAGCGCGUCCCGCCGCAGCAGCGCCGGGGAGCGGCCGGGGACCCCGUCCCGCCGCGGCUCCUCGGCCAAGCGGCUCGUGGAUGCCGCCGGGCCCGGCCUGAGGAUGCGGGACGAGAGCUCCCGGCGCCGCUCCUCGGCCCCGCGCAAGUCCCGCAGCUCCGAGGGGCCCCCGCGGGAGCCCCGCCGAGGGUCGCGCACCCCCAGCCCGCCCCAGGAGCCUCCGCCGGCGGCCGUGACCGACCUGGAGCAAUCGGACAGCGACUCGCUGGACGCCGCCCCGCUCCUGUGCAAAUCGGCCAGCGCCCAGAACCUGGCGGGGCCCUGGCAGCGCCCCCCGGGCCGCGCCCCGCCGCUGCAGAAGUCGCACAGCGCUGUCACCGGGGCGCGGGACGCGGCGCUGCUGGCCGCCCGCAGCGCCACCCGCGAGCAGUGGCACGGCCCCCGCCACCUGUCCGCGCCCGCCCCGGGGGUCGCCAGCGGCACCGCGACGCCCCCGAGCCCCGCCGAGAGGGGCCCGCACGACGGCGACGCCAAGGGACACAAGCACGUCACCUACGCGCCCAUCAAGAGCGUCAGCGUGGACAGCGCCCACCCCGGCAGGAAGGUGCGGGUGACCGUGAGGAAAACGCCCCCCGCGCCCCCCGUGCGCUACCAGAGCCUGCAGCGCUCGGGGACGCUCGGGGACGGCGCGGAGCCGCCCCCGGUGCCCCCGGUGCAGGCGGGAGAGGCGCAGGGGACAGCGGGGCGCGGCCCGGAGCGCGCGUCCCCCCCGGCCGGGAAGGGCCGGCCGCCGGCCCCGAGCGCCAGCUCGGCGCACGUCUGUCCCUGGGAGCUGGUGCAGGACGAGAUCCUGGGCAGGAAACACAGGGCGGCCGAGGCAGCGGAGCCGGGGAGCCCCGGGGACACAGCGGCCGCCACCCCCGGGCCCAAGCCGGCCCCCACCAAGAGUUUCCGGAGUCUGGGACUCGCCAUCAAAGCCCUCAACCGCUCCAGGGGGAAGAGCAUCCUGAAAGGGAAGAGCGAGGGGAGCCUCAGGAAGAGGGGGAGCAGCCGGAGGGAGAGGUCCGGCCCCGCAGAGGCCUCGGCCGCGUCCCUCGGCGGGGCCAGCCCCGAGGGGAGCGGGCAGAGCCCCGAGGUCCCCGCGCUGCAGCACAACAACAACGCCGCCACCGCCGGGGAGGCCGCGGGCUGGGGGGACGGCGGGACGGGAGGAGAACGGGACAGGCUGGCCGCGGGGACAGGCCGUGGGGACAGAGCGGCAGAGGAGCCCGGCGCUGCCCGGGAGGACGCGGGCACCGCUCUGGAGCCGCCCAGCGCGGGCCGCCAAGGAGCUGAACGUGCCCCGGAGGCGGCGCGGGUACAGCCCCGGGAAGGGGACCAGGCUCCGGCCGUGGGUCUGGGGGAGGACGUUCCUGCGGUCACAGCGGAGGAAGGGACACUGGAGGAGCCCGAGGGGACCAGCAGGUCCUUCCAGCCCAGGGACCACCCGGAGGAGGAGCAGCCGCCCGCGAAGCCCACCCCGAGCAGCGUGCGGGGGGCGAGGCCGCCCGGAGGGCUCGGAACGCCGGCAGGAAGGGGAGCCUUGCUGCGCCAGGCCGCCAUCGCGCCCCGGGAGGAUGGAGGGAGCCCAGAGAGCCCGGAGAAGGCGCUGGAAGAGCGGAGCAGCCGGCCCGAGCCCGAGCGGGGCCCUGGAAGGAGCUGGAGCGGCGCCGGGAGCGCGCAGGGAGAGCUCGGUGCUAGGGGAACGCGGGGAGAUGCCAGCCCCAAAGCAGCAACCGGCCGCAGUGAGGGGGAUUCUCAGCGCUCUGCGGGCACGGAGAAACCACCAGGGCUGCCUAAAGAGGCCCCGAAGCAAGCGGAGGGCAGGAGGGCUGAGGUGUGCCCGUGGGAGAGCCGGGAACAGGGAAGAAGUGUCCGAGCAGAAAUCUGCCCCUGGGACACAGAGGGGGCUCCGCCGGAGCAGGGAUCCCCCAGAUCUGGAGAAGGUGUGGAGCAGCCUGGGAUGGAGCUCACAGAGAAACCCCCAGCUCUGCCCAAACCCUCACCCCAGCGGGCUGGAACCGUGGAGAGCAAAAAGGCAAACAUCUGUCCCUGGGAGAUGGAGGAUGAGCCGCCCCCAAAACCAGAGAUCUGCCCCUGGAAAGAGGCUGCAGCUCUGUCGGGGAAGGAGAGAUUGGGGCAGGACACGCGUGGCACUCCCAAAGGGGAAGAAAAAGUGGGAUCCACAGCACCAGAAAAGGGAAAGCAUCCCCCAGCCAAAGCCCUGCCCAAAUCUCCUUCAGGGAGACCCCAGAGCUCGGAGAAGGCAGAGAUCUGUCCUUGGAAGACUCAGGGCUCUAAAUCCAGUGACAAAGCCGAAAUCUGUCCCUGGGAGGUGGCUGAGCCUCAGCUGGAGAAGGGAACAGCCCCAGGUAAGGGUAAACUCCCAGGAAAAAAAGCCUCUAAAGUUCUGGAGAAGGGGAGCAGAGACCGAGAGUCCAUCUGUCCUUGGGAGAGCCUGGACACGGAGCAGCCCCUGGCCAAACCCCAGACUGGGAGCUCAGCACUGCCCAAAGCAGCCCCAGGGAAAUCCCAGAGCUCAGAGAAGGCAGAGAUCUGUCCCUGGGAGAGUCAGGAUGUUGAAUCCAGCAGCAAAGCUGAGAUCUGUCCCUGGGAGGUGGCUGAUCAACCCUCGGGUAAAGAGAAACCCAGACAAGACAAAGAGGAUCCAUCCAGUGUGAGCAGAAGCCCUUCCACAUGUCAAGGACUCCUGAAGGAAGUGGGAGCUUCCUUCACUUCUGGAAAGAAGGACCGAGAGUCCAUCUGUCCAUGGGAGAGCCCAGACACGGAGCAGCCCCCGGCCAAACCCCAAACUGGGAGCUCAGCACUGCCCAGAGCACCUUCAGGGAAAUCCCAGAGCUCGGAGAUCUGUCCCUGGGAGAGUCAGGACCUCAAAUCCAGUGACAAAGCUGAAAUCUGUCCCUGGGAGAGUCAGGACCUCAAAUCCAGUGACAAAGCUGAAAUCUGUCCCUGGGAGGUGGCUGAGCCUCAGCUGGAGAAAGGAAUAGUCUCAAGUAAGGAGAGACUCCUAAGAAAAGAGGAGACCAAAGUUCUGGAGAAAGGAAGCAGAGACAGAGAGUCCAUCUGUCCUUGGGAGAGUCCGGACACUGAGCAGCCUCUGGUCAAACCCCAAACUGGGAGCUCAGCACUGCCCAAAUCUCCUUCAGGGAAAUCCCAGAGCUCAGACAAGGCAGAGAUCUGUCCCUGGGAGUCUCAGGACGUUGAAUCCAGCAGCAAAGCCGAGAUCUGUCCCUGGGAAGCAGCUGAACCUCCCUCCCAGCAGCCAGAUGCACAGCAGGGCCCUGCUGCGGGCCCCAAGGGGGACAAGCGCAUCACGCGCCAGGCGGCGCUGGCCAGCCCCGAGAGAUCCCUGGGCAGCAGGGACAGAGCGUCCGUCUGUCCCUGGGAGAGCCCGGACACAGCACAGCCUCUGGGGAAGCCCCAGAGCUCAGCACUGCCCAAAGCAGCCCCAGGGAAAUCCCAGAGCUCGGAGAAGGCAGAGAUCUGUCCCUGGGAGACUGAAUCCAGCAGCAAAGCUGAGAUCUGUCCCUGGGAGUCUCAGGGCUCUAAAUCCAGUGACAAAGCUGAGAUCUGUCCCUGGGAGGUGGCUGAGCCUCAGCUGGAGAAGGGAACAGCCCCAGGAAAGGAGAAACUCCCAAGAAAAGGGGAGACCAAAGUUCUGGAGAAGGGGAGCAGAGAGAGGGAAUCAAUCUGUCCCUGGGAGUCUCAGGACUCUAAAUCCAGUGACAAAGCUGAGAUCUGUCCCUGGGAGGUGGCUGAGCCUCAGCUGGAGAAGGGAACAGCCCCAGGAAAGGAGAAACUCCCAGGAAAAGAAGCCUCUAAAGUUCUGGAGAAGGGGAGCAGAGACCGAGAGUCCAUCUGUCCUUGGGAGAGCCAAGACAUGGAGCAGCCCCAGGCCAAACCCCAGACUGGGAGCUCAGCACUGCCCAAAGCAGCUCCAGGGAAAUCCCAGAGCUCGGAGAAGGCAGAGAUCUGUCCCUGGGAGAGUCAGGAUGUUGAAUCCAGCAGCAAAGCUGAGAUCUGUCCCUGGGAGGUGGCUGAGCCCCAGGAGAAAGGAACUGGCCCAGGUAAGAAGCUCCCACCAAGAGAAGCCUCCAGAGCUGUGGAGAAGAGCAGCAGAGACCGAGAGCCCAUCUGUCCAUGGGAGAGCCCGGACACAGAGGAGCUGGCCCUGAAAUCUGCAGUGGGGAAGGAGCCACCCAAGAAAUGCGACAGCACGGAGAGCAGCAAAGCUGCGCUCUGCCCCUGGGAAGCAGCAGAGCCCCUUGGGUCGGAGGAGGCCAUCUCCCAGCCAGGUGUGCGGCCCCAGGCAGCCCAGAGGGGCUCCCCGGCAGGGAUGGGACAGCCGGGAGCCGGCGCUGUGUCUCCGACACUGCUGGGGAGAUCCGGGGGCAGAGCCCCGGGGCAGGCCGGGCACAAGCCCCUGCGCCGGCUCCUGCCCGGCCCGCAGCGCCCGGGGGCGGGCAGCAGCUCCAGCCCCGGCGCUGCCCCGGCCCAGGCUUGUCCUGGGGAGGCUCCGGCAGCGCCGGCCGAGCCCGGCUUGGGCACGGGGAAAAGCUCGGAGGUGUGUCCGUGGGAGGAGGAGGAGAGCACGGAGCCCUCCAGAGCCCGGGAUGGGGGCGGGCUGUGAGGGGCUCCAUCCACCCGUGGAUCCAUCCCUCCACUCAUCCAUCCAUCCGUGGAUCCAUGCAUCCAUCCACGGACCCAUGCCUCUGUCCUUUCUCUCCAUCCAUCCACCCCUGGAU